AUGCAUCAUCGGCCCAUGGAUUUGAUGGUUAGUCGACAUGCCGCUGCUAUGCCUCUCUUAGUCUCCCGACAGUCGGUAACCCGGCAUCCUGAAUUUCCUCCACCCGUAGCCGGAGUAGCCGGCUUUCGCGGCCAGCUCGGAGCUCCGGCCUGGCCAGGUGCAGUUGCCUUGCCAGCCGGGCGACAACAGCACACGAUCGGUCACCAUCUAGGCGGUCAGCUGCCGACGUCGGAGUCUGUGGGGACUGUUCUGAUGAAUCAACCAGCAUCUUCAACGUCCGUGCCGAUGACAUCCGCGCUAACAGCGACGUCGGCUGGCUCGGUGGUAGGUGGCGCAGGACCAGACUCCUUCUUUACUAGUCAGAUGACUGCUUUCAACGUCUGGCUUCAGACUGCUGAUGAAAAGAAGCCACCAGCCACACAAUUGCCUAUCCUACUGCAGGUGAUUUAUCAUUCUUUCCUCACUGUAAUACCCCUUGUCUUCCUCAGUGUCUAUUCCGGAGAUUAA